GGUGUCCCUGCUUGAUGAGAUCAGCGGAUCGCCUUUCAUCAUGAGGCAGCUCUCACGCUGCUGCUCGCACUGCCGUCUGUCCUCUCUCUCUCCUCGUCCUCCUUCUUUCUCUCUCUCCUUCCCUUUCUCUCUCUUCCGGGCCGCCGAGCUGGAGUUUGAAGCCGGAGCCGAGACACAGGACAGAGUAAGGAGUGCGGAGUGGGACGGAGGCUGCCACGGCAGGGAUUAACCUCAGGGAGGGGGUGGGGGGGUUACAUCUCUGGGGAGAAGCUUCUUUUCUCCUUCCUCAGCAGGGAGACACAGAGAAAAGAGAAAGAACUAGUGUGCGCUCCUUCUCACAAAGAGAGGAGCUGCUUGGUCCUUUAUUCCAGUGGGUUUCCUCAAUUCUUUCCUUCACGGGUGCGAGGAGGGACGACUGGGGAGUUCCGCCGGGGAGACCAUCACAACCGGGUCCGUGGCUUCAGUAAGGCUGGCACUUUCGCCACUGCCAGACGGUGACGUGAGUUUGGGGGCCUCGGGCUGACGUCUUGGCGCUUUGAUGAGGUAACGGCGGACCCCGGAAACCCAGCCCCUGCGUCGUGCCCCCCCUUUCCUUUCCCCUCCUCACUUCCCCUUUCCAACCAGUCAAGCCAUGGGCCAGAAGAUCUCAGGGAGCAUCAAAUCCGUAGAUGCGCGUGGGGAGCCGUCCUUCAGGCCCCUGAGGAGGGAACUGAGAGGGCCGGAUUUCUUCAAGCCAGCCCGACUGGACCUACUCCUGGACAUGCCCCCCGCUCCAAAUGAGCAGCAGCUCCGACAUGCCUGGAACUCGGAUGACCGCUCCCUUAACAUUUUCAUUAAGGACGACGACAAACUCACCUUCCAUCGGCACCCUGUUGCUCAAAGUACCGAUGGCAUACGUGGACGAGUAGGAUACACGCGAGGACUCCAUGUUUGGAGGAUCCAUUGGCCUGCUAGGCAACGAGGCACACACGCAGUGGUGGGUGUGGCCACGGCAGACGCCCCGUUGCACUCAGUGGGCUACACAUCAUUAGUUGGCAGUGAUGGUGAGUCCUGGGGCUGGGACCUGGGACGUAACAAGCUCUACCACAACAGUAAGAACCGUCCGGCUUCUUCUGCACCAACAUACCCAAGUUUCCUGGAGCCAGAGGAGGCCUUUGUACUGCCGGAUGCCUUGAUGGUGGUGCUGGACAUGGAUGAGGGCACACUGAGCUUCAUGGUUGAUGGACAGUAUCUCGGAGUGGCCUUCAGAGGCCUUAAGGGCAAAAAGCUGUACCCCAUUGUCAGUGCAGUGUGGGGCCACUGUGAGAUCACCAUGCGCUACAUCAAUGGCCUAGAUCCGGAGCCUCUCCCUCUGAUGGACCUGUGUCGACGUGCGGCACGACUGGCUCUGGGACGAGAACGUCUACAGGAGAUCGAGACGUUGCCUUUGCCCCAGUCUCUGAAGAAUUACCUCCAGUACCAGUGAGAGCACAGGCUCUCACGUAGAAACACACACGGACACCGAGAGGAAGCCUGAGGCGGGAAUAUAGCGCCACCAUCAGGCCGCAGAGGGAAAUGUUUACAUUGUGGCUCACUGGUGGAAUCUUAAGUUAGUUUUUAUUUUAUUUUGUAUCUGUUUUUGUUUAGUUUUCAUUUUCCUCUUUAUGAGUUGUUUAAAUUAUUGAUGGCUUUGGAAGAAGCAGCUCAACAGACCUGCAGCGCCUCCAGGUGUACGUCUCGCCCUGGAGAAUACGACAGGAAGCGGCGUUCCAGAAAGCACAUUAACCUUGGGAUGCCUUUGAAAAGCCCACAGUAAUAACCGUUCCUCUUUCCCUGGGUGUAAAGCCUGCAGAGCACAGUCAACGGACACAGGAGACCGAGGCGGCUGAAGGUCGGGCUCAGCCGCCUCCCGAGUCAAAAUCCGCCAAACGGGAGCCUAGAGGAAGAAACAAGCCCUGGAAGGUGGUAAGCAGGUGCCAGUACUUGUGCACAAGACCACCAGGGGACAGUAUGACUGGCAGCAGCCAUUUCCCCCCCUUUUUCCUGGGAUCGAAGUGUAUUCCCGAGGACACACUCAUGCGUACGCACAUAUACGACCAACAAUCAUAUACAGAUUUCACUUCUUUUUUUUUUCUCUGUGGGCUUGAGUCAUUUUUCUAUCUGAUUUUAUUGUCAGUGUGAGAAUUUCAGUUGAUGAUGAUUUUAUCAAGAUGUUUGGCUAUCUUUACAUUUAUUUAUCAGGUUCUAGUUCCUUUUUAAUUGAAAUGAGGAUGUGCGAGCACAUAGAUAUUGAACACUAUCAUACACUCGUCACAUAUGGCUUUCUAUUUUAAACUGGAAUGCU